GGGACCAACGGCUCUCUGUGCCUCUUCCCCGCAGGAGAGAGCUGCGAGGACAAGAGCCCGCCCGGGCCGGCCUCCAAGCGUGUGCGCACAGCCUACACCAGCGCGCAGCUGGUGGAGCUGGAGAAGGAGUUCCACUUCAACCGCUACCUGUGCCGGCCGCGCCGGGUGGAGAUGGCCAACCUGCUGAACCUGACGGAGCGGCAGAUCAAGAUCUGGUUCCAGAACCGCCGGAUGAAGUACAAAAAGGACCAGAAAGCCAAAGGCAUCAUGCACUCCCCCGUCGGACAGUCCCCGGACCGCAGCCCCCCCCUGAGCGGCCCAAACCACGUCGGCUACUCCAGCCAGCUCCCCAGCGUCAACAGCCUCGGCUACGACGCGCCCUCGCCCACCUCCUUCGCCAAGCCCCAGCAGAGCAUGUACGGGCUGGCCGCCUACACGGCGCCGCUCAGCAGCUGCCUGCCGCAACAGAAGCGCUACGCGGGCGCGGAGUACGACCCCCACCCCAUGCAGAGCGGCGGCGGCGGCUUCGCCAACCCCAGCCUGCAGGGCAGCCCGGUCUACGUGGGGGGCAACUUCGUGGACUCGAUGCCGGCCUCGGGCCCCAUGUUCAACCUGGGGCACCUGCAGCACCCCUCCUCCGCCAGCGUGGACUACAGCUGCGCCGCCCAGAUCCCCGGCGGCCACCACCACGGACCUUGCGACCCCCACCCCACCUACACGGACCUCUCCUCCCACCACACCUCUCAGGGACGGAUGCAGGAGGCGCCCAAGCUCACGCAUCUGUAGCGGGGCGGCGGCCGGCGGGGCCCGCUCCCCUCUCCAUUACCUCACUUUUCUGACGGGACAGUGUUACUUUGCUCUCGAGUGCCAACAGUGUUAGUGGAUUUGUCUCCCCUAGCAGCCCCCCUCUUUCUUU